AUGGCUUCUCCUCGUGACCAGCUACUCAUAACUUUAUCUGAAGCGGCUUCGCAACAACCUGAACAAAUAAAGGCUGCUGAGGAGCGACUUAAGCAAUGGGAGAUUGCGCCAGAGUUCUAUUCCACUCUGUUGGAUAUUAUCUUUGACAGAUCAAUUGAUGUUAAUAUCAGGUUUCUUGGAGCAAUAUUUUUCAAGAAUGGUGUGGAUCGAUAUUGGCGUAAAACUUCAAAACAUGCCAUCAAUCCUGAUGAAAAGGUCAAGAUAAGGAAUCGGCUUCUAUCAUUUAUAGACGAAGCACACAAUCAGCUGGCAACGCAAUGUGCUGUAAUAGUCUCAAAAAUUGCUCGGUUUGAUUAUCCGAAUGAAUGGCCAGAGUUGCUUCAAAAUUUAUUAUCAAUUAUCCAUUCGACAAUAACCACCAUUUCAGAUUCUCGGACGAUCUUAAUACAAAAAAGGGCGUUACUUACCUUGCAUUUAGUUGUCAAGGCUUUGUGCUCGAAGACAAUGGGGCCAGAUCGAAAAAUGUUGCAAGAGAUUGCACCAGAAUUGCUUCGCAAUGUUGCUGGGAUUUACGUAGAGCAUACCAAUCGUUUUUUCACUUUGGUUUCUUCUUCUAAAGAUAUUGGUGAUGUUGUUGAUCUGGAAACUUCUUUGUCGGCCUUGAAAUGCAUACGACGUCUGGUAGUUUAUGGAUUUAAAGAUAUUAGCAAAGUUGAUGAAACGAAGACAUUUUUCCUUUUGGUAUUGGAACACCUGCAAAAGUUCCAUGCUUUGAGGAACGCAUUUCAAAAUUCUGCGUCUCCAAGUUUAGAGCUUAUUGAUGCACAUAUCACACUGAUGGGAAAAUUUUAUAUUGAACUGUUAAAAACACAUCCUAUUUCUUUUAUAAUGACGCCAGGGUCUGUAGAUGUUAUUCAAUAUUACUGGAAAUUACUGGUAACUUACGGAAAAUCCAAUGAAGAUCCAUCAUACAAGUCUCCUGUCAUAGAAAAAUAUCUAAUACAAGCAUUAUUGCUCUUAAAAAGCAUAAUCAGGAAAUCAUCAUAUAACCAUGGUCUUAGAGAUUCCAAAGAUCAGCAAGUAUCUGAAGCAAUGAGGAUCGUGGAUGAGCAAAUAUUAACACCCAAUUUUGUUGAGUCAUGUGCUGAAUUGUUGAUCUCAAAUUUGAUUAUUUUAAGAAAGGAUGAUUUAAUAAUGUGGGAAGAGGACCCAGAAGGGUGGAUUAAUUAUGAUGAGUCCGACCAUUGGGAGCAUCAAUUACGGCCUUGUGCAGAGAAAGUUUUUAUGGAUUUAUUAUCACAGUAUCGGGAUACAUUGUCGCCAAAAAUUGUUAAAUUGAUCGAGAACGUCGCAAAAUCCCAAACAUGUGAUCUGAUGCUCAAAGACGCAGUAUACUGUGCAGUAGGCCUUGGAGCUCACGAAUUAUACGAUGAACUUGAUUUCGACUCAUGGCUCGUGAACAACCUUUUAAUUGAAGUUGCAAAUAAUAAUCCAAACUUUAAAAUUAUCCGUCGCCGCAUCGCAUGGGUGAUUGGAAGAUGGGUAUGCGUCAAAGUGUCAAAAGAAAAUCGACCAAAAGUGUACGAUGCAAUGACAUAUUUAAUAAACCCUGAAGAAGAUUUGAUCGGAUUUGUACCAUACCUUGAUCGAGCGGUCACAUUGUUAACGCGCUUGAUUGGAGACGUGGAACAGUUUGAAAGUCGAAUGAGAAUUUUGAAUUGUUUAUCUCUUAUAGUAGAAAGAAUGGAAGAGCUGAUCGCCCCUUUUGCGGAGAAGAUAACAAAUUUAUUACCGCCUUUGUGGCAGGCUGCUCAUGAUGAACAUUUGUUUAAACCGGCUAUUCUUUUGAUAUUGACCAAACUUGUUCAGGCUUUGAGAGUAGAAUCUGUUAAUCUUCACGAAUUCAUAAUACCGAUAAUUCAAUAUAGUGUGGAUCCAAGCACUGAUGAAUAUGUUUAUCUUUUGGAAGAAGCAUUGGAUCUUUGGUUGGCUAUACUCGAAAAUUCAAUGGAGUGUACGCCACUCAUGUUUAGUCUUGUCCCUGCAGUUAUAGGAUUAAUAGAAUAUGGAACUGAAAAUUUCAAAAAAGUUCUAAAGAUACUUGAAAGUUACAUAGUAUUAGUACCAGAGAUGAUUGCACAGUCAUAUUGUCAUCCAAUUAUGGAUGCUUUCACUCGAUUGUUGGGAGAUUUGAAUUCUGAAGCUUGUCGUGCGAUAAUCCAGGUUAUCGAUAUCAUGUUGCAAACAUGCCCUUUUCAAACAUUAAGUGAAACUAUGAUCAUUACAGGCCUUUUAUGGAAGCUGCUCAACUCUAUCUUGUCUGGUAGUGAGGAAUACCCAUAUGUCAUUGUUAGCUAUAUUUCAAUACUAGCUAGGAUAGUUAUUAUUGAGCCACAAUUUUUCAUACAGUAUGUAACGAUUGCUAAUCAACAAUACAAUUUGCCACAAAUCAAUUUGAUUGAAAAGGUGUUGGAAGUGUGGCUAGAUAAGUUUGACAAUAUAGGGCAUCCAAAGCAAAGGAAAUUGAAUGCCAUGGCAUUUGCAACAAUAAUUACCACGACAAAUCCAACAAUCUUGGGAUAUUUACAACAAUUUAUUGGCAUCUGGUGUGAUGUACUUAGUGAAAUCAGAGAGUCUGGUGGUGGAGAUACUUUAGUUUAUUGGCAAGAAGAAUAUUCGAUAGAAAGUGAUGAACAUGAUGACACGCCAGAAACAAAAAGAAGACGUGCGCUUUUACAGAGAGAUCCAAUUCAUACAACAAAUCUUAUUCGAUAUAUUCGUACGAAGAUAGCGGAGUGUGAAGCAAUUAAUGGCGGGUCACAAUUAUUUAAUCAAAAUUACAUUAGAACUGUGGAUAGCACGUUAUUGGGUCAACUAAUUUGUACCCCUCGCACAAGUAUUUCUUCACAAGGUCUUAAAAUGUCUUCGAAGCAUUCAACUUAUUCCACGCGCAACAUUAGAUACUUACGCAUAUCGGAGAAGCAGGUGUUACCAUUAAUACUUUAUCUAAAGCCAGAACAUAUUAAUUGGUUCAAUGAUAUUAUAUUUCAAGAAGUUUUAUCAGCAUUACAAAAAUUAAUACCAAAAAAGUUUUCCCGGGAAAAGAAGAAAUUUGGGUCUGAUAUUUAUCGUGAAGGCAAGUUUCAGUUUGCGUAUUAUUUCAAAAAUACCGAUGUGAGACAUUCUGUGCUGGAGAAGAAUAAAAAAUAUGUGUUUCCAUCUGAAAAGUCAACAUUAUCCGAAGAGGAUGAAUCCUCUCAAAAUUUACAUGAUAGCUUUACAAAUGAAAAAGAGGAAGACGAAAAACCUACUUUACAAGUAACUUAUCAAGGAUUCAAUAUAUUUUAUAAAUCGUUAAUAGUUAUAGUGGAACCACCAGGACAAAUCAUUGAGUUUGGAGACAAUGUAAAAGUUGCUAGUGCUAUGACCAUUGAUGAUUAUCUCGGGCAAGAUGAUUCCGAAACAGAUGUUGGAUCUAAUG